CUUAAUAUACCCUCCAUACUAUGGUAGAGGGUAUAAAAACAAAACAAGUUUUUGCCAGAAUAUAAACAAUGUUUUAAUAUAAAUAGUGAAGAUAUUUAUGAACAACUAACUAGUCGCACAUUUACAAGAGAAGACAUCAUAGCGAUGAUUCUAAAGAUAUUCUUUGUCUGUACAUUGAUGGCAAUAACCUUUAUGUCUAUGUCAGAAUCUGCCUCUUUAGGGAAACUUAACGUUUUUGUAGAUGGUUCUAGUAGAGAGGAAACAAUUUCACUGGACGAUGAUAAAAAUUUAGUGAUAAAAGGCCACCAGACUCAACGAUGGCCACAAUGGAGCAGUGGCAAAGAAAUAGUAUUGCACAUCCAGUACAAAGGCAAUACAGAUGGUUAUCGAGCCUCUUAUAAUCUUACACAAACUCCUUUAAGUUUAUUCCUUCCUGUGCAAGUCCUUAAAUCGCUUGUUAGAUAAUUUUUGAUUUUAGAAUGAUUUUAAUGUGCAAUCAUAUGUUUACAAUAUUCCUUUUGACAAAGAGAUUUUAUCAAAGGGAUAAGUUUAAAAAAUGUAAGGCUAUUAUGAUUUACACAAUAAACUAAAUGCU